AUGCUGAGUUCCCGCUUGCUGCGAUCGUCAUUUCUGCCGCUUCUUCAUCAGACACGACACUCCCGACCCACGGUGAAAAUCAGCAAGGAAAAAUUCCAACUAAGCUUCGAUGUGCACAACUUCUGUAAGGACGAAAUUCGUGUGAAGGCAAGACCAGAGUCCGUCGUUAUAGAAGGUAAGCAGGAAAGAAAGAACAGCCAAGGGGUUUUGAUCCGUAAGUUUGUACGACGUUUUAAACUGCCUAUUGACUGUGAUAUAAAAGCGAUUGAGUCCAAGCUGUCUCCAGAAGGUGUGUUGACAAUAACCGCUCCAAGAAAAGUAUGUGACGUCAACGAUCCAUGUGAGCUCCUAAUACCUGUGAAAGAAGGCCCUAGUUCUGAAGAUGAGGAUGUGCCUUUAAUAGGACCCUGUGAUGAAACAAGUCCGAAAGUGGAAGAGCCUAAAGCUGUAGAGCCAGAUGAGCAGAAAUGUUUGAAGCCACCCGAUGAUAAAAAGUGUUGA